AUGAUAUUCCCAUGGAAUGGCAUAGGUGCGUUACCACAUUUGGACAAACAAAAUUUUGAGAAUUGUCAAAAGUAUAAGAUUUAUAUCAGAUCUGCCAGAAGAUUAUUUGAUCAAAAAAGCUGUUGCUAUUAGAAAACAUCUGGAAAGGAAUCAGAAAGAUAAGGGCAGCAAGUUCCGAUUGAUUCUUAUGGAGCCUAGAAUUCACUUACACGUGUUUAUAAAUCAAAAAGGACCUCGUGGAAGCCACAACUAG